AUGGCGGACCCCUCGGAAUGCAGCAUCAAAGUGAUGUGCCGGUUCCGGCCUCUGAAUGAAGCGGAGAUCCUCAGAGGUGACAAAUUCAUCCCCAAAUUUAAAGGAGAGGAGACAGUGGUCAUAGGGCAAGGCAAGCCCUAUGUCUUUGACAGAGUAUUACCACCCAACACAAGCCAAGAACAGGUUUACAAUGCUUGUGCUAAGCAAAUCGUUAAAGAUGUACUGGAAGGUUACAAUGGGACUAUUUUUGCCUAUGGACAGACCUCUUCAGGAAAAACCCAUACCAUGGAGGGGAAGCUGCAUGACCAUCAACUCAUGGGAAUCAUCCCAAGAAUUGCACAUGACAUCUUUGAUCACAUUUACUCUAUGGAUGAAAACCUGGAGUUUCACAUUAAGGUUUCCUAUUUUGAGAUCUACUUGGACAAAAUAAGAGACUUACUUGAUGUAUCCAAGACAAACCUGGCUGUACAUGAAGAUAAAAACAGAGUCCCAUAUGUAAAGGGGUGCACAGAACGAUUUGUCUCAAGCCCUGAAGAAGUCAUGGAUGUCAUCGAUGAAGGAAAAGCAAAUCGCCAUGUGGCUGUGACAAACAUGAAUGAGCAUAGCUCUAGGAGUCAUAGCAUCUUCCUGAUCAAUAUUAAACAGGAGAAUGUAGAGACUGAAAAAAAACUCAGUGGAAAGCUUUAUCUGGUUGACUUGGCCGGAAGUGAAAAGGUCAGCAAAACUGGAGCAGAGGGAGCAGUUCUUGAUGAAGCUAAAAAUAUCAAUAAGUCUUUGUCUGCUCUGGGCAACGUGAUCUCUGCCUUGGCAGAGGGAACAAAAACUCAUGUACCGUACCGAGAUAGUAAGAUGACUCGGAUCCUUCAGGACUCUCUUGGAGGGAAUUGCAGAACCACCAUUGUUAUUUGCUGUUCUCCUUCUGUUUUCAAUGAAGCUGAAACAAAGUCCACACUUAUGUUUGGACAAAGGGCUAAGACCAUCAAAAAUACAGUCUCUGUGAACCUAGAACUUACUGCUGAAGAAUGGAAGAAGAAAUAUGAGAAAGAAAAAGACAAAAACAAGAGCUUGAAGAAUGUGAUCCAGCAUCUGGAAAUGGAACUGAACAGAUGGAGAAAUGGGGAAGCUGUGCCUGAAGAUGAACAGAUCAGUGCUAAGGACCAGAAGAAUCUGGAACCAUGUGACAAUACACCUAUCAUAGAUAAUAUGACACCUGUUGUCUCUAGCAUCUCCACAGAGGAAAAACAGAAGUAUGAUGAGGAGAUAACCUGCUUGUACAGACAACUGGAUGAUAAGGAUGAUGAAAUUAAUCAACAGAGCCAGCUGGCUGAAAAAUUAAAGCAGCAGAUGUUGGAUCAGGAUGAGCUUUUAGCUUCCACAAGAAGAGACUAUGAGAAGAUCCAGGAGGAGCUAACUCGUCUCCAGAUAGAGAAUGAGGCUGCCAAGGAUGAGGUGAAAGAGGUUCUUCAGGCUCUGGAGGAGCUAGCAGUCAAUUAUGACCAGAAGUCUCAGGAAGUGGAGGACAAGACCCGAGCCAAUGAGCAGUUGACCGAUGAACUUGCCCAGAAAACGACUACUUUGACAGCUACACAGAGAGAGCUGAAUCAGUUGCAGGAGCUGAGUAACCACCAGAAAAAACGAGCUACAGAGAUCCUGAAUUUGCUGCUGAAGGAUUUGGGGGAGAUUGGUGGAAUCAUUGGUACCAAUGAUGUGAAGACAUUAGCAGAUGUGAAUGGAGUGAUUGAGGAGGAGUUUACCAUGGCUCGGCUGUACAUUAGUAAAAUGAAGUCUGAGGUGAAAUCUCUAGUGAACCGAAGUAAACAGCUGGAAAGUGCACAAAUUGAUUCUAACCGGAAGAUGAAUGCCAGUGAGCGGGAGCUUGCAGCCUGCCAGCUACUAAUCUCACAGCAUGAAGCAAAAAUCAAGUCUCUGACAGAUUACAUGCAAAAUAUGGAGCAAAAGAGGAGACAGUUGGAAGAGUCCCAGGAUUCACUCAGUGAAGAGCUGGCUAAACUCCGAGCCCAAGAAAAAAUGCAUGAAGUCAGCUUCCAGGAUAAAGAAAAAGAACACUUGACCCGGCUGCAGGAUGCUGAGGAAAUGAAGAAAGCAUUGGAGCAACAGAUGGAGAGCCACAGGGAAGCCCACCAGAAGCAGCUGUCCAGGCUUCGAGAUGAGAUUGAAGAGAAGCAGAAAAUCAUUGAUGAGAUUCGAGAUUUGAAUCAGAAGCUGCAGCUGGAACAAGAGAAACUGAGUUGUGAUUAUGACAAAUUGAAAAUAGAGGACCAGGAGAGAGAGAUGAAAUUAGAAAAAUUAAUAUUACUCAACGAUAAAAGGGAACAAGCAAGAGAAGACCUUAAAGGUUUAGAAGAAACUGUGUCUAGAGAACUGCAGACUCUUCACAACCUUCGUAAGCUCUUUGUCCAGGAUCUCACCACCAGAGUUAAAAAAAGUGUUGAAUUGGACAGUGAUGAUGGAGGAGGAAGUGCUGCCCAGAAGCAGAAAAUUUCCUUUCUUGAAAACAACUUGGAACAACUUACUAAGGUUCAUAAACAGCUGGUUCGUGAUAAUGCAGAUCUGCGCUGUGAGCUUCCUAAGCUGGAGAAAAGACUUCGGGCUACGGCGGAGAGAGUCAAGGCACUGGAGAGUGCAUUGAAGGAAGCCAAGGAGAAUGCCAUGCGUGACCGCAAGAGGUACCAACAGGAGGUUGAUCGCAUAAAAGAGGCUGUGAGAGCUAAGAACAUGGCAAGAAGGGCACAUUCUGCUCAGAUUGCCAAGCCAAUCCGUCCAGGCCAUUACCCUGCAUCCUCUCCAACAGCUGUACAUGCCAUCCGAGGAGGAGGAGGAGGCGGAUCAUCAAACUCUGCCUACUACCAGAAAUAA